AUGCCUGCAUCCAAAAUGUUCAUGCUGAGGAACGAGCGUGUUGGAUCCUCGCUGGGUGCAUUCGCCGAUAGGAUCCAUUGCUGGUACCCAGUACUCUCCUUCGAGUUUCCCACAAACUUCUCCAGCUUCCUCAGUGGACACGUGUCCAGCCCAGUGGACACAUGUCUUGCCAUGUUGGCUCUGGCCAUCGGCUCCCUGGCCGAGAAGGGGAAUAUUGCUGACGCCUUGCAUGAGAGGCCAGAUGCGCCUUAUUAUGACGAAGCCGCUGGGAUGUUGCAAGACAUCCUCUGUGACUACACGUUGGGCGGCCUUCAAUGCCUGAUUUUGUUCAGUAUUUACUUCAUGUGUCGCCUGAAACCAUGCCAGGCCCACGACUACAUCCUCAUGGCAUCUUUCAAGGCACAAAACAUGCUCAAGAGCCGUACCUUCUCGGAUGACAGCUCCCAGUCCGAGUCUCUCCAGCGCGCGUACUGGGCUGUCCUCCUUAUAGAGAGUGAGUUGGCUGUCCAGCUAGACCUGGCCGAAAGCGGAAUAUGGAAGUAUGACGACAAUGUCCCAUUACCAGCUGGAGACCACAUUUGGCAACAUCCAGCAGAAACCGACGUGUCUCCAGACUCACACAUGGACCAUCUAUCACCGCAGGAUUCAACAAACUUGACGCGAUCGUACUUCAUGGCCGAGAUAGCUAUGCGGAGGAUGCUCCAGCGCUGCACAACCUCUGUGAGCAAGUCGGCCGGCGGGCACCUCCAGUACGCACCGUUGAUAGCUGCCGAACUCGAGCUCCAGCUGAACGAAUGGUAUGAUUAUCUUCCCCCGCUCCUACGUUUCCAGAAAAGCCCUCCCAAGGUCAGUGAGUUGGCCAUACUCCCCACCACGCUUUUCCUACAGACGCAAUACUCGGCGUGCAAGAUCUCAAUAUUUUGGCCCGCGAUAUACCAGGCGAUUGAGACUGGGACUGCAAACGACGAAUUGCUGCAUUAUUGUGAGAAAUUCCUUGAUGAAUACAUGUCAUUUGUUUUAGCUGCCUCCGCCUCUCUGAAAAGCUGUCUACCGAAUGCUUGGACGCUUGCUGCGAGGUAUAAUAUGGGAUUCCGUUUCUACCACGAAUAUGACACGGUAGCUGAUUGA